GGGAGCUGGACCUAGUGGUUCGUUGCUACACAAACCAAACUACCAAAUUGGAGGACUUUUGAUGAAUCAGCUGAAGCCUUCAUCACACCUGAGGGCUUGCCAUGAGUUGUGAAGAACAAGCUGGGGAGAGGGCUGUUCUCUCCUGGUCCAGGUUUGCCACAGCUGGACAGACUGCUCUUGAGGAGGCCCUGAGAGUGUUUAACCCUUUAUCAAAGGACCUUCUGGACACCGAGAGGCAAAUGGUGUCCUUCCUUCAGGAACUUAGAGAGGAAGGCCACAGGCCCACUGUCCUUAGGAGCAAAGACGUAUACGGAUACAAAUCCUGCACAGCACACCCCCUCAAAGUCCCAAAGGUACAGAAAGCUUUUAAGAAGCGAGGGAAGAAACCUCUAAUCAAGAAAAAGGACAUCAAUUACACUCUGCUUAAUUCAACAGCUGAAGUCAUCUUAAAAAAUCAACCUAAGAUCCUCCUGACCAAUCUAUCUGUAGACUCUAUUAAACAGACUGUCAUGGCUGCGAAAUCGACAGUAACACCUGAAGAAUCUAGUCAGGCACAGCAGUGCUUGAAAUUAACAAGCAUAAAGGGACUUUCUGGGGGCCACACAGCAAGACUGCAGAUUCACUGUGUGAACUCUGAGGGGACAGCCAAGUCCAAUUCACCGCGCCCCCCUUCUUUGUCGGGGAUACCUCACCCGCAUUCGGAAAGUGCCAGUCAGACAUCGAGAGUAGUCGCUUUAGAUAACAAAAGCGCUGUGUCUUGUCCAGCCAAAGUGGAUGUUACCCUUAUUGGUGACUCUGCACCUGCUAUUUGUCAAAAUGACAUUGGUAUGAAAGAGAGUAGCAAUUACAAAAAGGUCCAGAUGAUGCUGGGAGAAUUGGGGGAAAUGAGUAGUGGUGUGGAUUGGAGGGACAGCGACUCAAUUAGAAGGCUGAAAUGCCAAGGCUUAGGUGGAUCUCAGUCCAUGUUAUUAAUGAACAGUCAAGGGGUAUCUCGACUAAAUGGAAACGGCUUACACUUGAAAGUAAUCAAAGUGGACGAGUCCUUCAGUAUGGAAGAAGUGAGGAGGAAGGCACAAAAGAUCUUACAAGUGAAUUUGUCCCCUGUGAUAAAGAUUCAGCCGCUCACUGCUCACUCUGUAUAGACUCUUGCAUGAGAUCUACAGUGAU